GGUUUACCCCGUUUUUCCAUUAGUAUACCACCGGUUUAGCCCUAACGUUGGCGAGCGAGGGCCUGCGUGCGUGUUUUCUAGGGUCUUCCUUCAAUUUCACUCUCGUCCCACACUUGUCCUCAAUAUAUUAUUGUGUGUGUGUGGAAUUUGUGAAAGGUAUAUUCUGAUUUGAAACGGUGCCGAAUUGUUAUUAUUAGGGUUUUGAUGGGUACAGAAAGGAAAAGAAAAGUGAGUUUAUUCGACGUCGUUGACGACUCUGCUGCUUCUAAGAUGGUGAAAACCAACGGCAACAGUCUCGUUAAUCACUGGAAUGGUAAACCUUACUCUCAAAGAUACUUCGAUAUUCUAGAUAAGAGGAAAACCCUUCCCGUUUGGCACCAGAAAGAUGAUUUUUUGCAAGUUUUGAAGGAUAAUCAAACUUUGAUUCUUGUUGGUGAAACUGGUAGUGGUAAAACCACUCAGAUUCCUCAAUUUGUUUUGGACGCUGUUGAUUUAGAGACCCCGGAUAAACGCAAGAAGAUGAUGGUUGCAUGCACUCAGCCUCGUAGAGUAGCUGCAAUGUCUGUUUCACGCCGUGUCGCUGAAGAGAUGGAUGUCACUAUUGGGGAAGAAGUUGGUUAUAGCAUCCGUUUUGAGGAUUGUAGUAGUGCAAGGACAGUUUUGAAGUAUCUAACUGAUGGUAUGCUUUUGAGAGAAGCAAUGACGGAUCCACUUUUGGAGCGAUACAAAGUAAUUAUUCUUGAUGAGGCACACGAAAGGACUUUGGCUACUGAUGUGCUAUUUGGUCUUCUUAAGGAAGUUCUUAAAAACAGACCUGACUUGAAGUUGGUGGUUAUGAGUGCAACGCUUGAAGCUGAAAAGUUUCAAGGAUAUUUCUUUGGUGCCCCACUUAUGAAAGUUCCUGGAAGGUUACAUCCAGUGGAAAUUUUUUAUACUCAGGAACCAGAAAGGGAUUACAUGGAGGCUGCUAUUAGGACAGUGGUGCAGAUUCACAUGUGUGAACCUACUGGAGACAUACUUGUUUUUCUUACUGGAGAGGAGGAGAUAGAAGAUGCAUGCCGCAGAAUAUCGAAAGAAGUUGCAAAUUUGGGUGACCAGGUGGGCCCUGUGAAAGCAGUACCAUUGUAUUCUACUCUUCCCCCAGCAAUGCAGCAGAAGAUUUUUGAGCCAGCUCCACCUCCAGUUAAGGAGGGAGGCCCCCCUGGAAGGAAGAUUGUGGUAUCAACAAACAUAGCAGAAACUUCGUUGACAAUUGAUGGCGGAAUAUCCAACAGUAUUGUCUAUGUUAUUGACCCUGGAUUUGCUAAGCAGAAGGUUUAUAACCCUCGAGUUCGUGUUGAGUCUUUGUUGGUGUCUCCGAUAUCAAAGGCUAGUGCACAUCAGAGAUCUGGGCGUGCUGGAAGAACUCAACCGGGGAAAUGCUUUAGACUUUAUACCGAAAGAAGUUUCAAUAAUGAUCUUCAGCCUCAGACCUAUCCUGAAAUUUUGAGAUCUAAUCUUGCCAACACAGUUCUUACAUUGAAGAAACUGGGUAUAGAUGAUUUAGUGCAUUUUGACUUCAUGGACCCUCCUGCCCCUGAAACCUUAAUGCGUGCUUUGGAAGUGUUGAAUUACUUGGGUGCACUGGAUGAUGAAGGUAACUUAACAAAGCUGGGUGAAAUUAUGAGCGAGUUUCCGUUGGACCCUCAGAUGUCAAAGAUGCUUGUUGUUAGUCCCGAAUUCAACUGUUCAAAUGAGAUUCUUUCAAUUUCUGCCAUGCUAUCAGUACCCAAUUGCUUUAUCCGGCCUAGGGAGGCAGCAAAAGCUGCGGAUGAAGCGAAGGCUAGGUUUGCACACAUUGAUGGAGAUCAUCUCACGCUCUUGAAUGUAUACCACGCCUACAAGCAAAACAAUGAGGAUGCUUCUUGGUGCUACGACAACUUCAUUAAUAACAGGGCACUCAAAUCAGCUGAUAAUGUUCGACAACAGCUUGUUCGUAUCAUGGCUCGGUUUAACUUGAAGUUAUGCAGCACAGACUUCAAUAGUCGCGACUACUACAUCAACAUAAGAAAGUCAAUGCUAGCAGGAUAUUUCAUGCAGGUGGCUCAUCUUGAGCGGACAGGACACUACUUGACAGUGAAAGACAACCAGGUGGUAAACUUGCAUCCAUCAAAUUGCCUGGAUCACAAGCCCGAGUGGGUUAUCUAUAAUGAAUACGCCUUAUAAGUAAGGAUCAUGGACAACUCAGGUCCAGUACCGGUAGUAUCAAGUUUAGUAUCAAGUUUAGUAUCAGAGUUUGGUUAACCAUGUAUUAAACCUAAAUUUAUAAGGUAUUGAAGUUGGAUAUCUUCGUAUAACAACAAUAUCAAGUAAUUUAAGGCGCUUUUUUCA